AUGAGCGACAUCAAAGUCUACACCGUUGACGAGCCCUGGCUCAAGAUCGAUUGCGGCCUCGGCGAGGCUCCCUACUGGGAGCAAAAGACCAACACCCUGCGCUUCGUCGACAUUAUCAAGCAGAACGUAUUCACCGUCGACCUGAACAAGGGCCCUGAAUCGCUCAAGACGACGCACCUCGACAUCUCCAUCGGGACCACGGGCGACAUUGAGGGCAACGACACGCACUUUGUCUUUGGCGGCAAGCAUGGUUACGGCGUCUACAAUCGUGCGACGGGCGCAUACCGUUACAUCCAGAAGUAUUGGAACGAGCAGGAGGUCGCGGCCGGCAAGGAGAAGCUCAUGCGCGGCAACGACGGCGCUAUUGACACGCAGGGCCGGUAUUGGGUCGGCACCAUGAACGACCCGCUGGUCAAGGCCCCAGAGGCUGAAGGCACGCUUUUCCGGCUCGACCCAGACGGCAAGCUGCAGCGCAUGCUCGAGGGCGUGGCGAUCCCCAACGGCAUCAGCUGGACGACGGACAACAAGACGAUGUACUUUGCGGACUCGCCGACCAAGACGGUAUGGGCGUACGACUUUGACGCGGCGACGGGCGGGUUCAGCAACAAGCGGCCCUUCUUCCGCGUGUCGGAGGAGCACGGCGUGCCGGACGGGCACGCGCUCGACGCCGAGGGCUACAUGUGGUGCGCCAUGCACGGCACAGGCAAGGUGGUGCGCGUGUCGCCGCGCGGCGACGUCGUGGCCGAGAUCCGCGUCCCUACCCGCUGCCCCACGUGCCCCGCCUUCGCGGGCGAGGACCUGUACAUCACCAGCGCCGAGGAGGAGAUGCCCGACCAGUUCCCCGAGAGCACGCGCCUGCACGGCUCCGUCUUCAAGGUGCACGUCGGCGUGCGCGGCGCCCCGCUCAACAAGUUCAAGUACUCGGGCGAGCUGCCGUAG